AUGAACGGCCGAAAGUCUACAGGACAAUCCUUGAACCGGCCCUACAGGUCCAAGCGUCACCGGCCGUGCGAUGUCUGCCGUCGCCGAAAACAUGCCUGCCAUCUUGAGGACCAGGCUCCUUGUAGGAUCUGUCGAGAACUGGGCACAGAGUGUACUUUCAAUGAGCCUCCAACGAAACGGAGACGCCCACCAAGAUUGCCCACUUCUGCCUCCACGCCUGAGGGUGAAAGGGAUCCAGAUAGUGGACACUAUGACCAGAAUAGCCAUGCUGGGUCUGAGAUUGAGGCUUCUGUACCCAAUGACUGGGCUCCUGGACAGGAAGUGGCUGAGGACUGCCCCGAUUAUACGAUAGAGAUUAACCAUCUAGGCAACCUGGGCGACUCUGUUAGUACCGAGAUGUUUCAGACUUCUCACCACGAUAUCUGGUACGCUACCUCUGGUCUAACUGAGCCUGGUCUGGGAAGUCUGUCGGCCGCAUUUGCUGAAGGUAUGGGGGGUGUUGACUUUGCUCCGGAUGACCUAUUCCCCCUGAUCAACCAAUUUCCUAUCCCAGAGGCACAACAGGACUUCCCCAGCCUUCGGGUACCAGAGCAAGGCGGUAACCGAACAGUCCAACGUUCGAACACCCCUAUUCCAUUGCAGCCACAGCCAACCAGAGCCCUUGACUCACAUGAUGAGACUUUGUCAGCCCAGCUCUUCGGUCCAUCUGGCGAGAUGGACCCAUAUCUUCUAAGGCAUGUUAAUUUCUCGGAAGAUGGAAGCUGUAAUUUUGGCCGAUUCCAAUACCGGUCCCUCUUCCAGACGCAGACAGGAGAACUUAGCCAGCCAAACAGUUCCUUUCCGGUCCACUUUCUUAUAAGUGCCCCCAAACAGUCUUCGAAUGUGCCAACCGAACACUCUAUCGGCGAUACGGAUCAACGAAAAGAGCUCAAUAAAAUUGUUGAUCCAGAUUUGGGAGCACGAUACAUUGGGUUGACUGAGACUCUAGUACCUCAAGCAAACACCCUCGAAGGGGUCCCUCCUUACCUUUUGGCCGCCAUCUACGCCGUGGCAGAGUCGUUUCGCCGCUAUGAUCCAAUAUUGAACGUCUCCCAGACAGAUGUGGAUUGCCACAAAACCUUGUUGUGGGAGAUGGCCUAUCGGGGAAUACUAGAACACAUGCACGCACCAUCCCUAGUUCUUGUACAAGCAUUACUCAUAUAUCUACAAAGACCUAUGGGAGAGGUAAUGACGGCAUCCACAGACUCCCCGGGGCAAUGGUCUCUAUUAGGGUUUGCGAUAAAUGUUGCCAAUCAGCUUGGGCUUCAUCUGGAUUGCCAACUGUGGCCAAUUCCAGACUGGGAGAAACGACUUAGAAGGAGGUUGUGGUGGAUGAUACAUACCGAAGCCACCUGGCGAAGCUUACUCUUAGGACUUCCUCUUCCUAUCCAUAGCGACCAGUGGGAUGUAUCACCUCUUGACGAGUCAGACUUCGUCAUUGAUCACUUUUUGUGCCCCAAUGAGGAGACCGCCGCACAAGCCCCUGCUCUUCAAAAGCCUUGUGCCUUUUGUCAUGGCGGCUAUGAUUUCCGUUUUCUUGCUGAACUUUCUCUGAUCUCCUAUGACUUAUACAUGGACUUCUUUACCUUACGUGCAACCAACGCGCUUUCAGUCGAUUUUGAAACGUCUCUCAAAUAUGGGAAGAGGUAUUUGGCAAGGCUGGAUGACUGGCAUGCCCAACUCCCGAAGCAGAUGGCGGUAUAUUCAGUCUCCGCCCCACAACAUCGUGAUUACUUCCACCCCGGUUCAGCAGCUCAUAUCAAACUCGCCUUCUUGACUUUGAAGGCCUUGACAUACCGAGCAAUAUUCCGACCAGUAGCAAAUCUUUCAUCCCAAGGCUAUUCCAGAACGGAUAACAGUCAGCGAAGCAACCCUUCUCCGCAAGCUUCAAUGAUCGGAGUUGGAAAUCCUACAACUCCGACAACAGUCAAUGCCACCUUAGCGAUACUUCAAGAUGCUCUCACCACAGCCCAGGAGGCGAGCCAAUUUGCACAAAGCUUGGGGUCUUACGACAGAAAUAGCUUCUCGCGAUCAUGGUCCCGGGCGUGUUAUGCCACAAUUUCAAAUUUCAUUAUGCUUCUUCUCGUACUAGCCCCCACGGCUGCUUCUGCAAAACAGGUACUCGCCGCACUGUCUCGAUGGGUCAUCACUCUGCGGGAACAGAGCGUCAUGUUUGAAACCAUGCAGCUAGGACUUCUGAGACUAGAUGCAAUGUUCCGUCUUGGUUUAGAAAAGGCAUUACAUCUCACCUCGCAUGUUAAAGAGAGCGUCCAGAAGGAGAAACCAGCCCCGAGUUACAAGAAUUAA